UCGGCAAGCGCUUGCUCGAUGACUGCACCGCGUACAUGAACGCGACGGGCUCCAGCCUUCAGCGCGACGUCGAGUCCGUGCUGGAGCAGGUAAACGUGACGGUCCUCUUGGAAAGCGAUUCGCACAGCACCGCUCUCGUACGAGCGAUAAACAUCUCGUUCGCGACGGGUCUCCACAGCGCCGUGGUCGUCGCACGAAGGAAGGAUGAUCGAAGCACGUUUGUCCACCUCAUGAACGCGCCCUCGAUACGACGAGAACUGCGAGCUGCACCCACGGACGAUGAAGUCGAGGCUUACGUCGUUGACGUCAUACGCCACGUGACCUCCGAUGCCGUGGACAUCGCUCGCGAAGUGUUCGACGUGGACAGCGAGGUAGAGACUUUCGCUGAAGAGGAUGUGACGAGCGUACGGCUUUCCGCUGGUGAACUAAAGAGUGACGCCGGCUUUCCGUCGGGUGUCUGGAAGCAGGCGUUUGGUUCGUUCAACGACCAAGGGCUCACGGUGACCGACGUCGACAUGUUACUCUUCACCGGAUACGAGCAGACCCGGAAAGUCUUCCAACAUCUGGCCGAGGCUCAGCUCCGAACGACCGCGUGGUACCUCAUUAUUACCAUUCUCGCUCAGGCUCUUCAAUACGACUUCGCCAGACGCUUCCACCCGACCGGUGGCCAAGACACCGGACAUCUCUGCUUCGAUGCCGUCAACGCAGCCUUACAUCUGCACUGGCAUUUGGUGUUGCGGGGCAUCGCUGUGACCCACCCGGCAGCGGGGAUCGGCGAGCUUAACUCCAUUUUUUUCAACGUCCACCGAAUUACCGUACCCGACUGGCUCGACGAAGAAACGGCUGCUCUGGCGCGCAGAAGGGUCAACAAGACCUCAUUAGAGACACUGGCGCCCUCUGCCGGUGAUGGCGACGUCACGAACGCGAACACCACUUACCUCCAACGGGAGUUGCAACCGUCGUCGGCGGAAAAAUCGAAGCCAAGUUUUCCAGGAAGUUACGUCGCCUUCCGCGCGCUUUCCCAGAGAGAGGGCGUCCUGCGCAAUCCGCCCCACUGGGUAACCGCACGCAUGGCGUCGCUGUGGGCUCACCCGUGGCCGGUGUACGAUGUCCUCUACGACAAGAUCUUCCUGCCGGCAGCAUACCUCGACAGUCCAGUGUUCUACAGCGAACGCACAGCGCCGCAAUUUCUGUACGGUACUGUUGGGGCUGCGAUGGCUAAGGCAUUGGCCGACGUCGUUGGUCCUUAUGGCAGAUGGAACGCCAGUUCACCGCACAGGCCGCAGGACUCGUGGUGGACCAUCCCGAAGCUCUUCGACGCCCAACUGCGGCUGGGAUGUCUGCGCACGCGCGCCGACGAGGACGUGCUUCGGCACCCGAACCGGAACCCCCACCCGAAGACGUCGGAGACCUUCAAGAGCAGCGCGUUCGCCUGGAUGCGCGCCGCCAGGGUCGCGCACGACGCCAUGAGGAGCGCCGUCUACAACGACCGCGGUGAGGGUUCCGCACGCGACCCGUACUGGCCGAAUGCCCAGAGGCAGUUCUUCGCUCGCUUCUGCCUCAUGGCCUGCGGAACCGAGAGGCGGGACGCUCUGAAGCCCCGGGAGCGCUGCACCUGGCCCCUCCUGAGUAUGCCCGAGUUUGCGACGGCGUUCGACUGUCGAAACUCGUCUUACAACGAUCUGCGAGAGUCGUGCGCUCCUUUCUGACACGUGUCGUCGUCGUGCGGCCUAUCUUUUGCGACAGCUGUGCCCUAUAGACGCUCCCCGUCUUCAUCGAGCCUGUUUUUAGAGAAUGUCAAAUGUUGCGUUUAUUGGUAGAGCGAGGAAAAAUAUAUUACUUUUUAUCAUUAUGUUUGCAAUACCUAGUGUAAUUGUAGCGUUCAGAAGGCACGUUCGGAACUUCGACCACGUGGACUCAAGAACACGCUCGCUAUACGGCGCAAUACUGAAAUUAUUUUACGAUGCGUUUUUCCACACGUUUUCAUUCCCAUUUCUCUUUCUUUCCUUUUUUUUACUAAUACACCUCAUAGAACUUUCCAAAACAAUAUGUCGCAUUCAUAUGCCCUGCUCUUUCCGUGUAAUACUUUAAUUUUUUGGAAGGCAGUCAUGUUUUAUGGUUUCCACUGGAAACCUUUGCCAAUUCCCCAUCGUAGGUGCGUGCCAUAUUUAAAAUGCAAGGACAACAAGAUCAGGAGAGCGGUGUGCCUUGGCCUUACACGAGCGUGGUGACGACCACGACAGUCUGACUUUUGCAACGACCCUUUGAAAGAUUUCCCAUUUUAUAUGGGCAUUGGUGGUCGUUCUCGUGUCUUUAGUCCAUGGCUUACGGGUGGCCGUGUGCUCGGGGUGGUUUCGACGUGCUCAUUAUUUGGGUAUUUUCAUGUCGCCCACCACACUGUAAGCGCAAAUUAGGCCAUAUGAGCGUUUAACAGCUGAUAUGCCCUUUUACCUCCCGAACCCAAAAUAAGUAGUCUUACCAGAGGGAAUCAAAUAGGCUAAA